AUGCCUCCCGGGUCAUCCUCGUCCACGUCAUCACUGUCGUCGCUGACGUGGCCGGGGUCCCGCGAGGACACGGCAGCAGGGCUGAGCGAGAGGGACAUCAACCAGCUGGCGGGAGGCGGGCAGGAGGUCGGACGAGGAGGCGUGCAGAUCAGAAUGUACCGUGGGCGCAUGGUGACACCGGGGGAGCGCCUGGGCACGCGAGUGCUGCUCAAGGCGUAUCCGGGCAGAGAGGCCGCCGCCAAGGCUGUUGACGUGGAUGCCAUGGCGGCCAAUGAGCUCGUGACACAUGUCGCACUGCAGGAGGCCCAGGAUGCGACACAGGACGACGAGGUGGACGUGUCUAGCAACGUGCUGGUGCUGCUGGGGGGCUUUGAGACGAGCUCAGGCGAGAAGUGGUUAGUGAUGCGAGACAAUGGCUACAUCACCGCAGCAGACUAUGCCAAGGCUGCCUCCGAAGCUACCGCCGAGGCUCGGGCCGUGGGGGACUUCGAGGUCUGGGACCGGUUCGACCCUGCCAAGCCUCUCUUUCGGCGGGAGGUCUUCAUCCGGAAGCUUCUGAGAGGGUUCCUGCAGGGCCUGUCGUUUAUGCACUCCAAGGGGCGGCUGCACCAGUCCAUUGGGCCGGCAUCCGUUGUCCUUAACUCAAUGAACGAGAUGGAUGUGCGCUACCUUGUGCCGCGCCUCCGCGACUUUGCCUUUGCCAUUGACAUCAGCAACCCAGCAGUACUCUCAUCAGGCGUGGGCAGCGCCUUUGAUGCCGUGGAUGAGGUCAAGGACAGCCUCUGGCGCCGCGCUGCCUCUGCCGGCGCCAAGUCCUUUUUGGAGCGCCGCUCCUUUGGCCUCGCAGACGACAUCUAUGCAGCAGGGCUGCUAGUGGCGUACAUGGCAUUCGUGCCUCUCUGUGCUCCGGGGGCCAUCGACGGGCCGUCACUGCAGAGACUGCUAGAGACCACCUUCUCUCUCAACAUCCCAGCAGCACGAGAGUACUGUUCUGCUGACGACCGGUGGACCAAUGCAGUGGCAUUUCUGGAUCGGAGAGACGGUGCGGGAUGGGAGCUGCUGCAGGCCAUGCUGAACCCAGACUAUCGCCAGCGGCCCUCAGCAGACUCUGCUCUUCAGCACCGCUUCUUUGAUCUUCCGUAA